AUGCCACCAAUCUUGUAUAUAUGUACCAAACAAAUAGAAUCGAUUCCGACUCAAUCCCGUUCAACCUCUAUUGUCAGCGCCAACAAUCAAAAAGAUCAAGAUUCUAUCAAAGCUGGUACCAUUGUUGGUGAUAGUGAGUCGUCUACACCAGUCCCAAGUCCUAUCAAGAAGGUGAAAAAGACACCCUCUCCAUCUAUGCUACGGUCUUCUGGUACUCUUGCCCAAAUAGAAAAGGCCAAGAGCCCAAGAGAAAAUGGUUGGAAGAGAAAUCCAAUGUUUUCCCUCCAAGUUGCUUCUUCUGGUUCAACUGCUCCCUCUCUUUGUCAAGCCACUCCAUGUCAUGCUGAUUUCAUGAUGGCGUCUUCAUCUCUUCCAUCCAGUGUUACUCCCGUUCCUUCAGCUAUCGAGACUGAUCAACAUCUAUCAGGAACAAAGACAAAAGAGUGGAUGGAAUACAGAUUUGAUUUUAAUCAAUUGGAAGACUAUGAAUUGGUUAAAAGAGCAAGAGAAUACAAUUUAUCUAUUACCAUUGAUAGACAAUUGUUGAUUGAAAACAUUCUGUCUUGUUUUAAAAAGGCAGAGAAAAUUAUAUACAAACCUAUUGAUUUGGAUGAAAAGUCAUACUGGGAGCUGCUGGUUAUUGCAAGAGACCAAGGUAAGCUGAAUGAAAAAUGUUCCAAGCGAUGUGAAGAAAGUUUUUUCUAA